AGCAAGCUCCGGGCUCCUCCCAGGUCAUCGUCGGCGUCGAUGACCUGAAGGGAGUCCCACCCUAUCCCGGAAGCUGGCGUCUAGGACGAGUAGUGCUGUCGGGCGGAGCGACCGGAGCCCUCCUGGAGUCGAGUUCCGUACAGCAAUAUGGCCGCGUCCUGGAACGAGAAAGCGAGGGUUUGUUUCCGAAAGGAUGGAGACCAGGACCCGUUUUAGAUGAGUGCUGUUUCCACGGGGCGAGCCUGGGAGGUGGCGUGACGUUUCCUGACGUUAGGAGAGGCUGUGGAGAGCGGUGGUGGAAGAGCCUGAGGGAUAUUUAUCGUCAGACUGCCUCAAGUGCUGUGGAUUACCGCCGCCCAGGUCGGAACUACAAGCAGGCGUUGCCAGUCCCUGGGCUAAAGUGUAGAUGAUUCCGGGGUCUCAGCGCAAUUGUGCCAUUAGCUAGUUUUGAGCUAAGCAUUAUUUAUUUAUUUACUUAUUAUUUAUUUUAAUUUUUUUUGAGAGUUUGAGGUUCCCUAGCAGUCACAGUGUCUCCUCACUUCACGUCUCGGCUGGGAACCCAAAAUCUCAGGGCACUCACUUUUUAAGGAUUUAUUGACUUGAAUACUUGGACCAUGUGGACUCGUGCCUUGAUUCAAGGACCAAAACAGGACCACAGAGGGCACCCGAAGAAAGGAGAAUCAAACUAAGAAGCGUCUUUGACUACUUUGGCUGAAAAUUUUGAAUGACCAAUUCUGAAAUUAAAAGACACUUAAAGUUUCACAUUUUUCCUUAGAGGUGGUAUGUACACACUCACCUUGUAUGUUUAAAUAUAAAACCUUCUUGUGUGUACAUCAUUGAUAUACAGGACAUUAAGAACUUAAUUGCAACAUUGGUAUCAAACCCAGGACCCCCACACUGAGCUAUACUCUCAGUCCUAGUUCUGAUUCUUGAUUAUCAGUUUUUUGUUUUUGUUUUUUGUUUUUUGUGAGAAUGUCUGUGGUGCAUCAUUUGUCUCCUGGGUGGUUACUGGAUCAUCUUUCUUUCAUUAACAAAGCAAACUAUCAACUUCGCCAGCAUCAAGAGUCUUUUUGUAGUAAAAACAACCCUACUUCUGUCUAUAUGGAUUCUCUUCAGCUGGAUCCCGGGUCGCCUUUUGGAGCUCCUGCUAUGUGCUUUGCUCCUGACUUCACUACUGUGUCGGGCAAUGACGAUGAAGGAAGUUGUGAAGUGAUCACCGAAAAAUAUGUUUUCCGAUCUGAGCUAUUUAAUGUCGCCAAACCUUACAUAGUUCCAGCUGUUCGCAAAGAGCGCCAACAAAGUAACAAAAACGAAAAUCUAGUGACUGACUAUAAACAAGAGGUCUCUGUUUCUGUUGGGAAGAAGCGUAAAAGAUGUAUUGCUUUCAAUCAAGGUGAAUUGGAUGCCAUGGAGUAUCAUACAAAGAUCAGAGAGCUGAUUUUGGAUGGAUCUUCAAAGUUAAUCCAAGAAGGUCUCAGAAGUGGUUUUCUUUACCCACUUGUUGAAAAACAGGAUGGAAGUAGCGGGUGCAUCACUUUACCACUUGAUGCCUGCAAUUUAUCAGAGUUAUGUGAGAUGGCAAAACAUUUGCCUUCCUUAAAUGAAAUGGAGCUUCAAACGCUACAGUUGAUGGGAGAUGAUAUGUCUGUUAUAGAGCUGGAUUUAUCCUCACAGAUCAUUGAAAACAACUCCAGCUUUUCCAAAAUGAUUACUUUAAUGGGACAAAAAUACCUGCUGCCACCACAAAGCAGCUUUCUUUUGUCUGACAUUUCUUGUAUGCAGCCACUUCUUAACUGUGGUAAGACAUUUGAUGCAAUUGUGAUUGAUCCACCAUGGGAGAACAAAUCGGUUAAAAGAAGUAACAGGUACAGUAGUUUAUCACCACAGCAGAUAAAGCGAAUGCCUAUCCCUAAACUGGCUGCUGCUGACUGUCUCAUUGUUACUUGGGUGACCAACAGGCAGAAACAUCUGUGUUUUGUGAAGGAGGAACUAUAUCCUUCGUGGUCUGUGGAAGUUGUUGCAGAGUGGUACUGGGUAAAAAUCACAAAUUCAGGAGAGUUUGUGUUCCCGUUGGAUUCUCCACACAAAAAGCCUUAUGAAUGUCUUGUACUGGGGAGAGUUAAAGAAAAAACUGCUUUAGCAUUAAGGAAUCCAGAUGUAAGAGUACCCCCAGUUCCAGAUCAGAAGUUGAUUGUCAGUGUGCCCUGUGUUCUUCACUCACAUAAACCGCCUCUUACCGAAGUUCUGAGAGACUACAUCAAGCCAGGUGGCCAGUGCUUGGAAUUGUUUGCUAGGAAUUUACAGCCAGGUUGGAUGAGUUGGGGCAACGAAGUCCUCAAGUUUCAGCACAUGGAUUAUUUCAUUGCUCUGGAGUCCGGAUGCUGACUGUAAAAGUUGUGCUGUCUUUACCUCAGCUCCUUCCUUCAAACUUAUUUCUCCUUGUACCAGUCAGUGUGCUUAGACAUAUGAACUUUUACACCAUUCAGUGUACCCAGAAAUAUAAAUUUUAUACCAAUCAAUGUGCAUAGAAAUAUACAUACAUCUCCCACAGCCCUUUAUAGUGAGUCUCUUCCUUCCUUCCAGGAUCUCUGGCCAACAGUGGUUUGUUUUCUUACGUUAGUAUUUCCUAACGUUGUGUCUGGCUUCUUCCACUGAGCAUUCAGGAAAACCACUGACACUGUAUAUAAACUACUCGCUGCUUACUAAGGUGAUUGUUAGACUGAAAGUACUUGGACAAGCUUGCUUCACCUACCCACUAAUUUCAUCAGACAUUAAUUUUGAGGUUUGUUCAUCUUUUGAGGGCAUAAGACUAAUAUCUUUUAUUAUUCCUUUAAACUGCCAGUUGAAUACAAGGCUCAUUGAAUUAUUAAGUAUAUUCCUUUAAGCUUUCUAUGGAGUUUUCCUGUCUAAAUUUUUUGAUUUGUUUCCACGCACCAGAUAUCCUGACCUGCACCUGACUUUCUGCCUUAAAAAUAAAACCAAGGGCACACCUAGCUUGAGACUAGCUUAGUUGUUGCCCUUGCUCUGCCCUCCAUGUGGGAUUUACCUACUGUGUCCAUUCCAGUUCUCAAACUCAUCUUCCCUGGGGUCCCAAGUCUCCCUUUUCAAGCUCCCAACUCUAGAGACAGUUCAUCUAUUGGGAUGGACACUCACAAUGUAGCCCAGGUUGGCCUUCAACUUUAAUCUUCUUACAUUGGGUUCCAGGCAUGCAUCAUCAUACCAGGCCCUAGAUGUAAACCCUGAAAAAAUUUUUAGUUUUAAGAACACAUGAGGUUAAGGCUUUUCUACUCAUAUGAUUCAAAAGACUGUAACGAUUUCAAAGGGCUAGUCUAUGUUUUUCUUUUUUUCUUCUUCUUUAAUUUUUAAAAAAAGUACUAUUUUUAUGUAUUUGGGUGUUUGUAUAUAUGUAUGUGCACUAUGUAUGUGCCUGAUGCCUGCAUAGGCCAAAAGAAUCAUUAGAUCCCCUGGAGGGAUGAUUGUGAGCCACCAUGUCCUUUAGAAGAGCAACCGGUGUUCUAAACUGCUAAACCACCCUCAGCCCUGGGCCUCACAUUCUUUGAAGGAGUUUCUAUGUCCCCUCACCUUUCCAGUCAUGUACCACCAACUUGUUGUGGGCUUGGGGUUUCCCACUUGCACCCGUUUCUGAAAUGUCUCUGAGAAUUAAUUGUUUAUGAAUAAAUUCCUAGGCCAUAAGUUUUGGCUCAUUUCCCAACUAACUUGUAACUUAUAUAAUCUGUUUGUUCUAGUUUGUGUCUGCCACAUGGUUGGUUACCUCUCAUCAGUUUCAUAUGCCCGUCUCCUCUUAGUCCAGGUGGCCGAUCUUACUGCUCUUGGAUCUUUCCCAGAUUUCUUUAUUUCUCUGCUAGAUAUCCCACCUUCUAUUUCCUGCCUCAGCUAAUAGGCCAUUAGGUUUUUAUUGACAGGUGAUGCUUCUACACAGUACAUAAGAGAUUUUCUCUACAACUUGUCACAUCCUCGGUAAUUUGUGUUGUACCAUUUGCUAAUGGACCUGAGAUGUUUAUUCAUUUUCAUUUUUAAAAAUUUUAUGCUUAUAGUGUCUUGUUUGCAUGUAUGUAUGUGUGCUAAAUGUGUGCCUUGUGUUAGUAAAUGUCAGAAGAUGAUGUUGGAUACUCUAGAACUGUAGUUACAGGUGGUUAUGAGCUGCCACAGGUGUGCUAGGAAUUUGAACAGCAAGUACUUUUAACCAUAGAGCUGUCUCUCUAUCCCUGAACCUGAGAUCUUAACAGUUGUAUUAGCUCCUACUCAAAGGGCUCAUUGUGUGUAUGUUUAGAAUAUUUCUUACAUUAUCAUGGAAACAUAUACCCUUUUCAGUGUACUUCAGCAUCACAUAGCAUUUGUUUCCUUAAGUUCGUGAUACAGUGUUUCCUGUUAGAGAUUUUAUAGGUAAAUUGAUAGCCUGAGAGAGGUUUAAGAUCUAAUGGGCUGGUAACAACUUUGACUAAGCCAUUGGGUUUAUCUACUCAGUCACAUUUUAAGGAAGUUCUACAACACACUUGAGUACAGGUAUUAAAAGGGCGAGAUUCCACAACCCAACUCAUGUUGUCUGUUAAUCUCUGUUUGGCUGUAUGACCAACCCAAAAUUCUACAGUCUUAAUUACGAGUUCAGUUACUAAUCUACUUGAGUUUGAUGACAAGUCAGAACUGUAUGGUGUUGAAUCACACAGCCAACCUUUUCUGUGUAAAUAUUUUUAGAGCUAAUCUAGAUCUCCCAGUUCCUGUGAACUUGAGUUAGAUCCACAGAUUUUCCCCCCAAGAUCAAUCCAAAUUCUUGGACCAGGUAAGAACAGAUGACUUGUAGGACUGGAGAACAGAGAAGCAACAUUGUCCACACUGGUCUUUCAGGUUUGACAGGCCUAGUAUUCAGUGUUGACAGCAGGCUACCUACAGUGACAGCUCAGGGAAGCAAAUGGUGGGUGGCAGUAUGAGAAUUGUUUUAUUCUUUGUUGUUAAAAACAAUAUAGCAUCCAGAUGUUUUGUCAUUUAACACAGGCUGGUUUUGAACUUGCUAUGUAAUUAAGGCUCGUACUUUUACCCAAUAAACCUGGCCUAAAAAUCAUCUUUACUAGAGAAACAUACAAACUUAUGCAACACAAUAUAUAGAUACCAGCACCAUCUCAGAUAUAUAAUCCAAAAGGCAAAGCCCCUUGGGUUCCAUGUGAUGGUUAUUUUUGAUAUCAUACUUCAUUGAUUGAAAGUGCCUUAAGAGAGUCACAAACCACAUCUAGUGUGCCUGAGAAUGUUCUCAGGGAGUAUUCACCAGGGAAGAAACUCCUGCUGCAUUUGUGAGGCUCCAUAUGAUUUGCUAGGGGUCCAUGUGAAAUAACAGGAGAAAGAGGAAAAAAAAAAAAACAAAAACAAAAAAACAAAAAACAGCUGGCAUGACCAUACUUUUGCUCUCUGGCUGUCAUGUAAACCGCACAGCUUUGCCAUGCUCUCCCUUCCCUAUCCUACCCCACUAUAAUGGACUAAACUGAAAACUGAGCAAAACUGAGCUUUCCUUCCCUUAAGUUGUUUAUGUCAGGUGUGCUGACCCAGGGAUGAGGAAGCUAAAAUGGUUUCCUGGUACUUUGAGCAGAUUGCAGCUUACUCUCCCAGUUGUUACUCAUGACUGUGACAGCAGCAGCAACAGAACACAGGUGUGCACUUCUGCCAUGGAGAAGCAGCAGCAUUAGGAAAUCCUGUUUCUCCUUUUAAGCAUCUGUCUCCUCCACCUUUCCCAGCACUGGUUAGUAUCGAUGUACCUGGUACUGGCUCACUUCUGGAUGGGAUUUGCAUCCAGAGUCUGUUAAGAUUUGCGUUUGUUGUACACUGCUGCAAAACCAGGAGAAAGCUGAGCUCAACAGCAGAGGGGCAACUGUCAGGCCACAGCUGGGCUGCUUUUGGAGCCUUUCAGUGUGGCUCAGAUAAUUUCUCUCUUCUUGUUUAUAAGGUUAUAUGAGGUAGCAUACCAAUGCAUGGCAGACCAAACAUACCAAAGCAUGUGCCAAAAUAUGCUUUGGACUGAGGUUGAUUAUCAGAAAAAAGAAAAAAAUCCCUGCCUUGACCUCAUUUGUUAGAAAGCAGGAUAUGAGUUUAUAAAGAUGGCUGUCCUUUCUCUAUAAGGAAAGACUGAGGACUGAAGUGUAUCAUUAGCUUGAAGGAAUUCUAUGUCCUUAUCAUCCUGGGGACAAUACCUUUCUAUCACCAGCACUGGCUUCUCCACAUCUCAUAAGGUAAGAGAUUCAGAUCCUUUCCCUUUGUUUUAGCUCUUCUCUGGUUUAUUAUUCUCUGUUGAAGAUAUUGUUCUAAACCAGACUGCUAAGCCACUUGUGGGAAUUUCUUAUUCCCUGGGUAACUCCUGUGUGGGUUUGAAAUACACAUGUUAAUAAGCUUCUGUUUGUUUUUCUCUUGUUAAUCUGUCUUUUAUAGCAGAGGCCCCAGCAAAGAAUUUAUACAGAUAGAGGGAACAUUUUCCCCUCCCUCAUACAUACCACAUUGAAACUGCCAAUCUAUAAUGACUGAAUGAGCACACUCUUACCUUAAUAUAUCUGUGGACUUAAAUGAAUAGACAUGACUUGUGUAAGAAAUUAGCAGACUGCCACUGUGGAGUGGGGCAGGAGCUUAGGGAUCACUAAGAGGGAAAAUGAAGGGGCACAUUGAUUAAAUUUCAUUCUAUUUCCUAACUCAGGCUAGUGGUUGUAAUGUUGUUAAGAGACAAUAGGCAACAGAACGUGCUAUUUCAGAAGAGUUACAAAGACACAUUGUCCUCUAGAUUGUAAACUUAAAAAAAAUAGAUAUGAUGAAUGUACAUGAUUUCGUCAAUUUAAUAAAAUGAUAUUAAAUUUACUGAUGAAUUAAAGACUUGUUUUUCUACAUUACCCAUUUAAAAUAAAUUACA